CGGGCAAUCUGCAAGAGUGCGGGGUAGCACUGACCUCAUCCCAUCUGCCGCCCGGCCUGACGAGCACAGCAACGAGGCCCAAUCGCUCUCCUCCUCCGCCCCUUUGGAUGGUCCUUGACGUUUAGCCUGGUAUAUAAACCUCUGGGUGGGCCGCGACGCCUAGAUAGAACUACCUAUCCACUGGUACCUGGCUGGGUCCCGUAUUAUCCGAACGUAUCCUCAAACCUCCGGCCAUGACCGUCGUCGCCACCAAGUUCACCCCGGAGGUGCUCCUGUCGGCGCCCCGGAGGUCUGCCGGCUCGCCAAACCUGUCGGGCAAGAAGAUCCUGUUCACCGUCUCGACCUACUCGUUCGAAGACCACAAAAAGACGUCGCAGAUUAAGGUGCUCGACGUCGCGUCGGGCCACUCGACCAUCCUCUACGAUGACUUGUCGUAUAGCGAGCCCGUGUGGGUGGACGAGGAGUACUUCCUGUUUGUCAAGAGCGGCGAAAAGGGCACCUCGAGCCUGAUGUUGGGCAGCGUCUCGGCCGACUGCGAGCCGGCCGAGGUCUACCAGGCCAGGGGCAGCGUCUCGAACCUCAAGGUCAAGCCGCUCUCGAACAACAGGGUGCUGCUGGCCUGCUCCGCCCUGGCCACACCCGACGGGCAGAUGUACAACCCGGACAAGGACGACGAGAAGGUCUACCACACCGGCCGCGUAUACUCGUCGCUCUAUGUGCGCCACUGGGACUCGUACGUCGGCAAGAACAAGAACGCCGUCUGGUACGGCACCCUGAAGUGGCAGCCCGCCUCGGGCUCCGGCAGCAGCAAGAGCGGCCGGACCCUGUCGGUCGAGAGCAGCCAGGGGCUCAUCAACGCCCUGGCCGGCACGGGACUCGAGUCGCCGGUGCCACCCUUUGGCGGGGCCAGCGACUUUGACGUCUCCCCGCACGGCCUCGCCUUCGUCGCGCGCGACCUGGACGUGAACCCGGCCAUCUACACAAAAUCGAGCGUGUACUUUGUCCCCCUCGACUUCGCCUCUGGCUCCCCCAAGGCCGCGGGGCAGCAGCAGCCGACGGCCAUCCCGACCCCCGGGCUUGCAGGGUACAGCGCCGGCCCGGCCUUCAGCCCGGACGGGCGGUCGCUCGCCUUCACGCGCAUGCGGGACAUGCAAUACGAGAGCGACAAGCCCCGCCUCAUGCUGGCGCGCGACGUCGCCGCCGACCCCGGCGCGGGCGCGCGCGAGUUCUUCGCCACCGACGACGGCGAGGGCGCCUGGGACCUGCGGCCCGACGGCGCGCCGCUCUGGAGCGACGACGCGGCCGAGCUCUUCGUCGUGGCCGAGGAGCGCGGCCGCGGCCGCCUGUUCCGCGUCGCGUCCGACCCGGACGCCGUCGCCGCCGCCCGGAGCCUGCCCGAGCCGGUCCAGACGGAGCCCGGCACGGUCGGCGACGUGCAGCGCAUGCCCGACGGCAGCGGGCGCCUCUUCGUCAGCUCGAGCUCGCUCAUCGACGGGUCCUCCUUCAGCAUCGUGGAGCCGUCGGCCCAGACGUCGGAGCUGGUGUCGUCGCUCUCGCGGCAGGGCAAGACCUUUGGCCUGUCGCGGUCCCAGGUCGACGAGAUCUGGUUCGCGGGCGCGGGCGACUACCAGGUCCACGCGCUCGUCGUCAAGCCGUCGCACUUUGACGACUCCAAGCGGUACCCGCUCGCGCUGCUCAUCCACGGCGGGCCCCAGGGCGCCUGGAACGACAGCUGGAGCACCCGCUGGAACCCGGCCAUCUUCGCCGAGCAGGGCUACGUCGUCGUCUGCCCCAACCCGACCGGCUCGACCGGCUACGGCAUGGCGCUGCAGAACGGCAUCAGGGGCGAGUGGGGCGGCCGCCCCUACAACGACCUCGUCAAGUGCUUCGAGCACAUUGAGCAGCACAUGCCCUACGUCGACACGGUUCGGUCCGUCGCUCUCGGGGCCUCGUACGGAGGCUAUAUGAUCAACUGGAUCCAGGGACACGACCUCGGGCGCAAGUUCAAAGCGCUGGUCUGCCACGAUGGCGUCUUCAGCACACAGAGCCAGUACUCGUCCGAGGAGCUCUUCUUCCCCAUCCACGACUUUGGCGGGAGUCUCUGGGAGAACCGGGAGGGCUACGAGAAAUGGGAUCCCUCCAAGCACGUUGAUCAGUGGUCCACAGCUCAGCUGAUCAUCCACAACGAACUCGACUACCGCCUCACCAUUUCCGAAGGCUUGGCAGUCUUCAACGUUCUGCAGCACAGGGGUAUUGCGAGCCGCUUCCUCACAUUCCCCGACGAGAACCAUUGGACUCUCAAGCCCGAGAACUCGCUCCUUUGGCACCAGGAGGUCAUUGGCUGGAUCAACAAAUACGUCGGCAUGGACCAGUCAGAACUGGCACAAAAGACCCAGAAUGUCAGGAUAUGAGAAAUCCCACACAAGCCCCGCUUGGUUUCUGUUCAAUGAGUGUAACAACGGACGCGGGAGAGUAGAUGGAGGGAAUCGCACGAGAUUAUAGCAGAGGCCAUCAAGGGCGAUCUGGAAUCAGCACAUCUCUGACCUCCUGAAAUGACCACAUAC